UUUAUUAUAGGUUAACUUUAUUUAAUUUUCUUUAAUAAAUUAUUUGGAUUUGAAUCAUAAUUGUUUUAGGAAGAGCGGAAAUUGCACCGCUGAGGAUAUUCUUAAAAAAGAUUAUAACCACAGUUGAUAACAAUAAUCUGUCAGCUAUAUAUUUCUCGUUAUGACUUCUGUAAAAACUAGAAAAUGGAAAGAGAACAUAGAAAAUCUACUGCUAAAGAAGAAUAUUUGUGGUAUUUGCUUAUCAGAAGCCCAGGAGUUGGAUCAUUUGGAAAAUCAGUACCAUAUAGAAAUUGAGAAUAAUGAAAAAACAUUGGAGGAUCUUAUUGUGUUUACCUUUGGAAAUAAAGUGAAAAAUUAUCUGGCAACACCAUACUUCUGUGAAAAAUGCGUCACUACAAUCUUGGAAUCGUAUCUUAUGCUGAAGGGAAUGAAGUCGAACCACCUCAUUUUACACAAAUACUUCAACAUAAUAUCUCAACAGAUUAAAAUGAGCUCCGAAGCUGAAGUACCGAUGGAAAAGCAACUGAUGUUGACAAUUGAUAAUAUUAAUAGUCUCAAUGUACCCACUACAGUCAUAGUAGGUGACAAGCCACCGAAAAAGAAAAAUAUUACUCAGAUUUUCUUAUGCAAAUUAGAUGACUUAGACACAGAAACACACAACACACACAGAUUCACAGAUUCAGGAUCUACAGAUACAGAAGUUGUUAACUUGGAAACUACUGCUACAUUAAAAUAUGAAUGUCCAUACUGUGGAAAACAGUUUGAUGGUUACAAAUCUUUCAAAAGUCACCACAGUCAACAUAAAGACAUAUUUUACCGUUGUCGUUGUUCUAAAAAGUUCAAAGCGUUUGGAGAUUUGAUCAACCAUAGGCUCUGCAGCCAUUCGGAUGAUGUGGUUACUUGUAGUUAUUGUAAAAUUAUUUUGCUCAGUCCGGAGAGCAAAGAACAUGAGGUGGAGCAUACUCUACACUGUGUGAGCUGUCAAAUAAUUUUUGAUCAAAAAUCUGAUUUUGACAACCACACUCUGGAGCAUCACAGUUAUGCUACAUGUCAGCAUUGCCUAAAGACUUUUAGCAACUCGUUUAAGUUGGAACAUCACAGAUGUAUUUACAAAUGCUUCGAAUGCAAAGAUGAAUGUAUUCAUGAAUCGUACCUAAUAUCUUAUAGAGAGCAGCAUAUGGCGCAACUUACUUCAUUUAAAUGUAGAGAUUGUGAUUUCAAAUAUACAUCAAGAAGAGAACUUAUAUGUCAUGUAAAUGAAGAACAUUUACUACAUUUUCCCUAUUUAUGUGACUUGUGUGGGGAGAGUUUCGCUUCCCGUCCGUCUUUGUCUGGCCACAUGUAUAAAAAGCAUGCAAACCAUAUUUCUGAUAUAUUCGAAGAUAAGUCUGCAAUAAAAUCUGCUGGGCAUAUAAUCUCUAGUGUAUACAGUGAAAAUCCAUUUCAGUGUAACUUGUGUGGAUUCUCUUUCAAUUCCGAAGAAGCUUACACAACGCAUAGAAAAAGACAUUUGACAGAAGAAACCCAGUGUCAAUUUUGCGGUGAAUCUUUCUGUAAUAUAGGAAAGUUAAACAUUCAUAUUAAGAACAAGCACCCAGGAGAAGUGAACAGUAAAUCGGUCAUCUAUCGCUGUACCAUGUGCUCGUCAGACUUUGAUUUCAGAUCUGAUUUCUUAAAACACGAAGAAACACACCCGAAAGGUACUAAGCACGUUUGCAGAGUAUGCAACGAAAGUUUCGAGUCGAAGAACUAUUACUUCUCGCACACACGCAAGCACAAAAUUAAGUACGACAAACAGUGUCCGAUUUGUUUUAAGAAAUAUACGAAGCAUACUAUUAAUAGGCAUGUGAGGCAACAUACUAUAGAGAAACCUGCAGAGCAGAAUGCUAAAAGCGUAAUGUGCGACAUAUGUGGAGCACUGGUGACAAGCGAGGAAGCUUUGAUUAAACAUUCUGAAAAACAUAAUGAAGAAAGACAAUGUCCUCAUUGCGAGAAAUAUGUGAAUAGUGUCUUAUAUGAGAUACAUCUCAACACACACAGGCAAACAGACAAGACAAUGAAAAAAUGUUCAGAAUGUGACUAUACAACUAAGUUCACAGCUUGUUUGGAGGCGCAUGUCAACCGUCACCAUUUGAAAAUCCGUCCGUAUCAAUGUGAAAUAUGCAGCAAGACAUUUUACUCCAACUACACUUUGCAAGGCCACAAAUUGACCCAUAAAAACGAAAGACCGGAGCAUUACUGUCUUAUUUGUUCAAAGAAGUUUAUAAGUAAGAAGGCUCUAAUACUCCAUACGAGACUUCAUACAGGAGAAACCCCAUACCCUUGUGAGUUAUGUGACUUAAGCUUUUUGUCUGCAAGUAGAAAGAGACAGCAUAUGAUUCGGAAGCAUUUUGAACCAAGUGUUGAGUGUCAAAUAUGUCAGAAGAAACUGUUCACCCAAAGUGACCUUAGAAGGCAUAUAGCCGAUUGUCACGAUGGAGAAUCUAAGAGGAAAAAGAAAAAACUCGAUGAGGUUAUAGUGGAGGACGUACAAGAAUUCGAAGAAUGUGAAUAGAGAAAAAUUGUCUAUGUACGGAUUUAGUGUCACAGUACUCACAUCACGAUAUUUGCAAAGAUUUAGCUACCUAGCUCAUUUCUGUCUCACUGAUAUUGGGAUAAUAUAAUUGUGAGCUUAUGUUAUUUAGCUAGCACAGUACAUACAGGGUGUUAGUGAAAAUAUUUUUAAAAAUCAUGAAUUUUGCGGAAAAAUCCACUCAGAAUAGUGGUCUGAAUCAUGCCCCUCAGUAUUCGUUACGAU